AUGCCGGCUGAGCUCGGGCCUGAGGCUGGCGGUGGCUGGCCGGGCCUCCUCAUGUCCUGCCUGAAGGGCCCCCACGUCAUCCUCAAGAUGGAAGCCAUGAAGAUUGUGCACCCUGAGAAGUUCCCAGAGCUGCCGGUGGCCACACCCCGCUUCCCCCCAGUACCCCGGCCCACCCCCGCUCUGGCCCCCAAGCGUGCCUGGCCCUCAGACACAGAGAUCAUCGUCAACCAGGCCUGUGGGGGGGACAUGCCUGCCUUGGAAGGGACGCCCCACACCCCACCCCUGCCCCGCCGGCCUCGCAAAGGCAGUGCAGAGCUGGGCUUCCCGCGCGUGGCACCGGCUGACGAGAUCAUUGUCAACCAGUAUGUAAUGCGGCCUGGGCCUGUGGCCCCGGCAGCCCCCUCAGCGGUGGGCGAAGCCCUUGAGUGCCCCACCUGCGGUCACACCUACAAUGCCACGCAGCGACGGCCCCGCGUGCUGUCCUGCCUGCACUCCGUGUGUGAGGCGUGUCUGCAGAUUCUCUACGAGUCCUGCCCCAAGUACAAGUUCAUCUCCUGUCCCACCUGCCACCGCGAGACCGUGCUCUUCACUGACUACGGCCUGGCCGCCCUGGCUGUCAACACAUCCAUCCUGAGCCGCCUGCCCCCGGAGGCACUGACCGCCCCACCCAGUGGCCAGUGGGGUGGCGAGACCGAGGGCAGCUGCUACCAGACCUUCCGGCAGUAUUGCGGGGCCGCGUGUACCUGCCACGUGCGGAACCCCCUCUCCGCCUGCUCCAUCAUGUAG